UCUCCUGAUUUGUGGUCACUGGAGAGAGAACUGUUUCUUUUUCUGACCAUUCACUUUGCAAACCCGUUUAGCUCCAAGCCUGCUCGUUCAUCAUGAGCGGUACAGAGGAUCCUAGCGUUUACCUGAGGCCCACAGCCUCCAGGACGGUCUACGACCAAACGAAAGCAUUCGACUCCAAGAAGUGGGUAUGGUUGCCCGAUGAGGAAGAAGGUUUCAAGAGCGCCUGCGUUAAGAGCACAAGAGGGGACAAAGUCCUCAUUGAGCUAGCAGACGGCAGCGAGAAAGAGGUGGACAUGAACAUCACUGAACAGAUGAAUCCGCCAAAGUUCGAGAAGAUUGAAGACAUGGCUGGUCUAACCUAUCUCAAUGAAGCGUCUGUCCUUCACAACCUUCGUCAGCGAUAUUACUCCAGUCUCAUCUACACAUACUCUGGUCUCUUUUGUGUGGCCAUCAACCCUUAUCGCAGACUCCCAAUCUACACCGAGCAAGUUGUCAAUAUGUACAAGGGGAAGAGAAGGACCGAGAUGCCUCCUCACAUAUUUGCUAUUGCUGACAAUGCCUACAGAGACAUGCUUCAAGAUCGUGAGAAUCAGUCAAUUUUGAUCACUGGUGAAUCUGGUGCUGGUAAAACAGAGAACACCAAGAAAGUCAUCCAGUAUUUUGCCAUUGUUGCUCCUGAUAAGCACAAGACUGAACAGAACUUAGAGGACCAAGUUAUCCAAGCUAACCCUGUUCUUGAAGCUUUUGGAAAUGCCAAGACAACAAGAAAUGACAACUCAUCUCGUUUUGGAAAGUUCAUUCGCAUUCAUUUUGGUAAUCAAGGGAAGAUCUCAGGAGCCGAUAUUGAGUACUAUUUGCUUGAAAAGUCUCGUGUGAUAUAUCAACAAUCCGGAGAAAGGAACUAUCACAUAUUUUACCAAAUGAUGGCCGGAGCACCACAGAAGCUCCUCGAUGAUCUCUUGUUGAAUCGUCAAGUGAAGGAUUACGCCUUCCUUGCUAAAGGCUGCGUCUCUGUUGAUGACGUUGAUGAUGCAGACAUGUUUAAGCAAACUGAAGAUGCCAUGAAUGUUUUAGGUUUCACGACGGAAGAGAAGACGUCCCUCUUCAAGACGGUUGCUGGUAUACUCCAUUUUGGCAAUAUUGAAGUGAAGCAGCGCCCAAGAGAGGAGUGGGCUAACAUUCCCACAGCAACUGUUGCUGAGAAGGUUGCUCACUUGCUCGGUUUGAACUCCACUGAGUUCAUCAAGGCCCUGAUAAAGCCUCGUAUCAAAGUUGGCAACGAAUACGUUCAACAAGGAAGAACUGAAGGACAAGUGAACUAUUCCAUUGGUGCUUUGUCUAAAGCAAUGUAUGAGAGAAUGUUUAAAUGGCUGGUUGGAAGAGUCAACAAGACACUAGACACAAAGAAUCGCAAGGCUUACUUCAUUGGUGUUCUGGAUAUUGCCGGUUUCGAGAUCUUUAAGGUCAACUCUUUUGAGCAGCUGUGCAUCAACUUUACGAACGAGAAGCUCCAGCAGUUCUUCAAUCAUCACAUGUUUGUCCUCGAGCAGGAAGAGUACAAGAAGGAGGGCAUUAAAUGGGAAUUCAUUGACUUUGGCCUCGACCUUCAGCCUUGCAUUGAUCUUAUUGAAAAGCAAAUGGGAGUUCUGGCUUUGCUCGACGAGGAGUGCUUGUUCCCGAAAGCCUCUGACAAGAGUUACGUUGAGAAACUGGUCAAGAACCAUGAUGGGAAGUCUCCUAACUUUAUCAACCCACGGGACAAGAUGAAGAAGGAUGUCCCUCACUUUAUGCUAGCACAUUACGCUGGAGAGGUUGACUACACAGUGUCUGGCUGGCUUGAUAAGAACAAGGAUCCAUUGAAUGAAUCGGUUGUUGAGCUGUUCAGGAAAUCUUCUGAUCCUUUUGUUGCUUUACUCUGGGGAGACUAUUCUUUUGAAAGUGAAAAGGGAAGCAGGAAGCGUGGCUCUCAAUUCCAAACUGUCGGCCAAAUCCACAAGACGUCACUCAACAACUUGAUGACCACUCUUCGUAACACUACCCCUCACUUUGUCCGUUGCAUUAUUCCGAAUGAGUUGAAGAAGGCCGGAGUCCUUGAGGCCAAUCUGGUCCUCCAGCAGCUGAGGUGUAACGGAGUACUAGAAGGUAUCCGUAUCUGCAGGAAGGGAUUCCCCAACCGUCUGCUUUAUCCUGAAUUCAGGCAAAGGUACGCAAUCUUAGCACCAAAAGCCAUUCCUGCUGGUUUCAUGGACGGACGUAAAGCGACUGAGAAACUCAUCGAUGCUCUCCAGCUGGAUCAGUCGGAGUUCAGGCUGGGACACAGCAAAGUGUUCUUUAGGGCUGGAGUCCUUGGACGUUUAGAGGACUUGAGAGACGAGAGAUUGAGUCUUGUAUUUGGACAGUUCCAAGUGUUUUGUCGCGGGUUUAUUAUGAGGAGGAAGUAUAGAAAACUCCAGGAGCAGAGACUAGCCAUUGCCGUCAUACAACGUAACGUCCGCAAGCAUCUCUUCUUGAGGGACUGGCGCUGGUGGAAACUGUUCACCAAAGUGAAGCCAUUACUGAAUGUUGCACGUGCUGAAGAUGAACUGAGACAGAAAGAAGAAGAAGUGACAAAAUUGAGGGAGAAAGCCUCCAAAGACGACCAAGCCCGAAAAGCAAUGGAAGAAGAUUUAACUCGUUUGAUGCAAGAGAAACAGCAGCUGUAUGAUCAGCUGCAGAAAGAGCAAGACGCUGCAGCAGAAUCUGAAGACAAGCUCUCUAAGCUCAUCAUUAAGAAAAAUGAGCUGGAGGAUAAUUUUAAGGAACUUGUUGAUCGUCUUGAUGAAGAAAUGGAAGUCAAUUCUGAAAUGUCUGCCGGCAAGAGAAAGUUAGAGAUUGAGAUAGAGUCGUUCAAGGACACCAUUGAUGAGAUGAAGCAGCAGCAACAACUUCUGGAGCAAGAGAAGGCACAGAAAGAGAAGGAGUGUGUCUCUUUGGAUGUUGAACUUGAGAAAGUUAAUGACUCUUUGUCUAAAAUCACUAAAGAGAAACUGUCACUUGAGGAUCGUCUCAACGAAGUUUCCAACAGCCUCCAAACUGAGGAAGACAAGGCCUCACGUCUUGGAAAAAUGAAAACUAAACUUGAAAGCUCAUUACAAGACGCUCAGGAAGAAAUUGAGAAGGAGAAGAAGGCAGUGAGUGAUCUGGAUAAAGCCAAACGAAAGCUUGAAGGAGAUCUUAAGUCCAUGACAAGCAACUGCGAUGAAUUGAGUGCUGCUAAAGCCGAACUUGAGAAAUCAGUUUCUUCGAAGGAGAAAGAAGUCAAUGAACUGCAGCAGAAGAUUGAAGAGGAUUCGUCCGAAAUUGCUGCUCUUCAACGCAAGAUUCGUGAACUCCAAGCUAAAAUUGAAGAGCUUGAAGAAGACCUUGAAAACGAGAAACGAAUCCGUCAAAAGGUCGAGAAACAAAAGAAUGAACUUUUGAAAGAAUUGGAAGAAUUGAAGGAUACCCUGGAAGAACAGGGAGGCAUUCAAACUGCUCAGGUUGAGUUGAAUCGUAAGAGAGAGUCUGAGCUGGACACAUUGAGGAAGGAGCAUGCAGCAGCAACUGAAGAAAGUGAAAAGAUGAUCUCCGAUCUUAAGAAGAAGCACGGAGAGUCCGUCAAAGAUUAUGAAAGUCAAAUUGAUACUCUUCAAAAAGCUAAGAACAAAUUGGAAAAAGAACGAAGCUCUCUCUCCUCUAAUCAAGACGACUUGAAUAAACAAGUUGAAGACCUUCAAAAGUACAAGACUGUUACCGAACGAAAAGUCCGUCAAUUGGAGGAGCAGCUCGCUGAUACCAGUGCUAGAGCUAAUGAAGCUGAGAGUGCAGUGCAGGCUCUUGAAGCUUCUCAAGCUAAGAGCGCAACUGAAAAUAACGACCUCAGCCAGCAGCUGGCAGACGCUGAUAGUAAGCUUUCCUCUCUCUCAAAGGCAAAGAAACAACUUGAGACUCAAUUGGAAGACACCAAAUCCGAUCUAUCCUCAGAGACAUCUGCUAAACUGGAUGCUCUCUCAAAGUUGAAGCAAGCUCAGAACGAAGUACAGAACCUUAAUGAAACUGUCGAGGAGGAGCAGGACAGUAAGACUGAGCUUAGUAAGCAGCUAGCAGCUGCUAAGGCUGAGGCCGCCCAAUGGAAGACCAAGUUUGAAACUGAGAUCAACCCUAGAAUGGAGGAGCUUGAGGACAGCAAACGUAAACUUCAAACUCAAAUGAAGGACCUUGAGGAGCAGCUCUCAACCACUCAAACUAAGUACUCUUCGCUUGAGAAGACAAAGAAUCGUGUCGCUGGCGAACUGGAGGACGUGAUGCUUGACCUUGAGAAGGAGAGGAAUGCUACUGCUGCCUGGGAGAAGAAAAAGAAAGUCAUUGACCAACAGAUCAACGAAUGGAAAGCAAAAUAUGAAGGCUCUCAACAAGAACUUGACGCAAGCAAAUCUGAAUCCCGUCUGUACAGCACUGAGCUACUGAAACUCAAAUCUGAGAACAGUGAUCUCAAAGAUGAUCUAGAGACGGCAACCAAAGACAACAAACGACUACAAAACGAUCUUGCUGACCUUGAAAAACAAUUAACCGAGGGCGGAGCCAGCGUCCACGACCUUGAGAAAGCUAAAAAGAAACUUCAACAAGAACUUGAAGAAAUCAAUCUCAUGAUGGAGGAGAACGAAGGCCAAUUGGAAAUAGAGCAGAACACGGUCCUUCGUCUUCAGUUAGAAAUAUCACAGCUCAAACAAGAAAACGAGAGGAAACUCUCAGAGAAAGAUGACGAAAUGGACUCCCUCAGGAAGAACCAUCAGCGCCAGUUGGACGCACUCCAGCAGUCGCUUGAAGAGGAGAACAAAGCCAAGAAUGACGCCGUUAGGCAGAAGAAGGCAGCCGAAGAACAGCUGGAUGACUUACAAGCUAACCUGGAGAGUGCACAGAAAUCUAGCACUGAUUUGGGCAAGUUAGUGAAGAAGUUGCAAGCUCAAGUGAAAGAUCUUAGCGGAAGGAUCGAUGAAGAAACUCGCCAGAAAGACGAACAGCAUCAGCUGGCAGCUAAAGCAGAGAAACGUGCCAACGACCUUACUGUUGAGGUUGAGGAACUUCGAAGCAGCACUGAACAAUUGCAACGUCAGUUCAAAUCGGCAGAUGCUGAGAGGGUGGAGCUACAGGAUCGUUUGAGCGAGUUGCAAUCAUCAAAGGAGAGUCUUCAAACUAGCAAGAGGAAGGCCGAGCAGCAGCUGUCUUCUCUACAGGAGGAGCACGAGGAGCUGGAGACUGAGAGUCGUGAGAAUGCUGAGAAACUCCGCAAAGCAAUGGAACAAGUCUCCCGUCUACAAACUGAGAACAUGUCACAGAAAGAUGAACUGAAUGUUGCCCAGAAAGCUAAGUCUUCAUUGGAGAGUCAACUGAAGGAAAUGACUACUAAACUUGAAGAGGAAGUGUCCGUGGCUGCUAAAUCUGCUAAGAGAGAGGCUGCCAAACUCCAGCAGAGGGUUACUGACUUGGAAAUGGAAUUGGAGACUGAAACCAAAGGCAGGAGUGAUGCCCAGAGGAAUUUGAAGAGGAGUGACCGUCGCUAUAAGGAAGCCGUCUCUCAAGUUGAAGAGGAGAAGGCUAAUGCCCAGCGUCUCCAAGACCAAGUCAAUUCUCUCAAUACCAAGGUCAGGAACCUUCGCCGUGACAAGGAAGAUGCAGAGAGUGAGGUAGAGAGUAUCCAGAAGAAGCUCCGACAGGCCAAGUCGCAGCUGGAAGAGGCCGAAGAGGAGAGUAGCUCUUUGAAGGCUCAAGUAUCUAAACUGCGUAGUGGGGCAGGGGCUACAAGGAAGGCUAAACUUCCAAAGGAUGAUGAUGAAGAUGAUUGAAGUAAAGAAAACUUUGCUACCUUGAAAAAUUUUUAGUCAGCUCUCAUUAUUAAUAAUAAUUAAUAGACUUGCUAGUUAACUAGAACUUUAUAGCUAUUAGUUUUGCCUUUUAGUGUAGCCACGAUUCUCUCAAUUCUUAUAAUGAUUAUAAUUAAGACUUUUGAAUUUUAGUUCCAUUUUAGUGCCAUGAUAAUGUUCAUUGAUUUAAGAUUA